AACAAAAGAAACGCCACAUCACACAACGAUCGAAGAAGCACUGAAGCUCAUCGUCGCUGCUCCUCAGCCUCUCGUUUUCCAUGGCUUCCAUACAAACCCUUCCCUCCUUUCCACCCAUUGCUUCACCUUCGAUACACCCAGAGCUCCUCGUCCAUGGCGGCGAUGGCCUCCGCUCUCCUUUUCUCCUCAUCUCCAUCUCAUUCUGGAUCUAGGAGGCAAGCGAUUCGGCUAGGUUUCACCUUGAAAGCCGGGCUUGGAACCGAUGCGCGGCGGGAGGAGGUUGUCAUCGUUGGUGGCGGGAUUGCCGGCCUCGCCACCGCUCUCUCUCUUCAUAGGUUGGGUGUUCGCUCGCUGGUGCUGGAGCAGGGGGAAUCGCUUCGGACGGGAGGGACAUCGCUGACGCUUUUCAAGAAUGGGUGGCGAGUUUUGGAUGCUAUUGGAGUUGGGGAUGAGCUCAGGAGCCAAUUCAUCCCGAUUCAGGGGAUGGUGAUGAGAUCGGAGGAUGGGAGAGAGCUGCGAUCGUUCAUGUUUGAAGAGGAGGCUCCUGGGCAAGAAGUUCGAGCUGUUGAAAGAAGGCUGCUGUUGGAGACUCUUGCUAGUCGUUUGCCCGCUGGUGCAAUAUCUUUCUCGUCAAGAGUGAGGAAAAUCGAGAAGCAGGGGAUGGAUGAAACUUUGCUGGAACUUGAUAAUGGCAACAAAAUACUUGCAAAGAUUGUGAUUGGUUGUGAUGGUGUGCGCUCACCAAUAGCAAAAUGGAUGGGAUUUGCAGGACCUAACUAUGUUGGCCAUUGUGCAUUCCGAGGCCUUGCACUCUAUCCUGAAGGACAACCAUUCAAACAAAAAGUUAAUUAUAUUUAUGGAAGAGGCUUGCGGGCAGGUUAUGUCCCAGUUUCUACUACAAAAGUCUAUUGGUUCAUCUGUUUCAACCGCCCCACUCCAGGGCCAAAGAUCACUGAUCCAGCUCUUCUGAAGAAAGAGGCCAUAAUGCUGGUGAGUAAUUGGCCUCGGGAGCUCUUAGAUGUCAUUCACAAAACCCCUGACGAUGUUGUUAUCAAGACACCACUUGUCGAUCGGUGGCUUUGGCCAGGCUUAAGCCCACCAGCUACUACAGACAAUGUUGUGGUAGUUGGUGAUGCUUGGCAUCCUAUGACACCAAAUCUCGGUCAAGGCGCUUGUUGUGCUUUAGAAGAUGCCAUUGUUCUAUCAAGAAAGCUCGCAGGUGCAAUCAAGAAUGGACCAGAAAGCAUAGAUAAAGCUCUCAGAGAUUACAGUCUGGAGAGAUGGCCUCGGAUUUUCCCAUUAACAAUCCGUGCCAACCUUGUGGGGGUGCUAUUGCAGUGGGACAAUCCAGUUGUGUGUGCAUUCAGAAACAACAUCAUGAUUCCAAAGCUGGUGAGACUGGGACCCUUCUUGGAGCACACCAAUUUUGAAUGUGAGUUGCUGGAACCAGUAGCAUCUGUUUGAUCUGGAUCAAAUUCAAAUGCACUUCUCCGUAGGUAAUGAAACUUCAACCAUUAAUUUUUUAUACAUAGCCAUUAUCAAUUAUACAUGCCCAUACUCUUCCAUGCAAUCUGAAAAUACAUACUGAAAGUGUCAUAAUCAGGAACUUAAUUAUUUGUACUAUUGUUAUUGCUUAUUUUAGGUAAUUGUGUGUAUACCUCUCACAGAAGUGUGCAUAAUUGGGUGUAUAUCCACAUAAAAAUCCUAUUUGCUUCUAUACUUAAAGAUACAUCCAUUUGGUCAAAA